AUGUUGUUGUGGCUCUUCACAGUACAUAUCCCAGCUAACGACCACCCCAGCUACGGUCCCUCCCCAGCAGACCACCCCAGCUACGGUCCCUCCCCAGCAGACCACACCAGCUACGGUCCCUCCCCAGCAGACCACCCCAGCUACGGUCCCUCCCCAGCAGACCACCCCAGCUACGGUCCCUCCCCAGCAGACCACCCCAGCUACGGUCCCUCCCCAGCAGACCACCCCAGCUACGGUCCCUCCCCAGCAGACCACCCCAGCUACGGUCCCUCUCCAGCAGACCACCCCAGCUACGGUCCCUCCCCAGGAGACCACCCCAGCUACGGUCCCUCCCCAGCAGACCACCCCAGCUACGGUUCCUCCCCAGGAGACCACCCCAGCUACGGUCCCUCUCCAGCAGACCACCCCAGCUACGGUCCCUCCCCAGGAGACCACCCCAGCUACGGUCCCCCCCAGCUACGGUCCCUCCCCAGCUACGGUCCCUCCCCAGCAGACCACCCCAGCUACGGUCCCUCCCCAGCAGACCACCCCAGCUACGGUCCCUCCCCAGCAGACCACCCCAGCUACGGUCCCUCCCCAGCAGACCACCCCAGCUACGGUCCCCCCCAGCAGACCACCCCAGCUACGGUCCCUCCCCAGCAGACCACCCCAGCUACGGUCCCUCCCCAGCAGACCACCCCAGCUACGGUCCCUCCCCAGCUACUGUCCCUCCCCAGCUACGGUCCCUCCCCAGCAGACCACCCCAGCUACGGUCCCUCCCCAGCAGACCACCCCAGCUACGGUCCUUCCCCAGCUACGGUCCCUCCCCAGCUACGGUCCCUCCCCAGCAGACCACCUCAGCUACGGUCCCUCCACAGGAGACCACCCCAGCUACGGUCCCUCCCCAGGAGACCACCCCAGCUACGGUCCCCCCCAGCUACGGUCCCUCCCCAGCUACGGUCCCUCCCCAGCUACGGUCCCUCCCCAGCUACGGUCCCUCCCCAGCAGCCCACCCCAGCUACGGUCCCUCCCCAGCAGACCACCCCAGCUACGGUCCCUCCCCAGCUACGGUCCCUCCCCAGCUACGGUCCCUCCCCAGCAGACCACCCCAGCUACGGUCCCUCCCCAGGAGACCACCCCAGCUACGGUCCCUCCCCAGCAGACCACCCCAGCUACGGUCCCUCCCCAGCAGACCACCCCAGCUACGGUCCCUCCCCAGCAGACCACCCCAGCUACGGUCCCUCCCCAGCAGACCACCCCAGCUACGGUCCCCCCCCCAGCAGACCACCCCAGCUACGGUCCCUCCCCAGCAGACCACCCCAGCUACGGUCCCUCCCCAGCUACGGUCCCUCCCCAGCAGACCACCCCAGCUACGGUCCCUCCCCAGCUACGGUCCCUCCCCAGCAGACCACCCCAGCUACGGUCCCUCUCCAGGAGACCACCCCAGCUACGGUCCCUCCCCAGCAGACCACCCCAUCUACGGUCCCCCCCCAGCAGACCACUCCAGCUACGGUCCCCCCCCCAGCAGACCACCCCAGCUACGGUCCCCCCCAGCAGACCACCCCAGCUACGGUCCCCCCCAGCAGACCACCCCAGCUACGGUCCCUCCCCAGCAGACCACCCCAGCUACGGUCCCUCUCCAGCAGACCACCCCAGCUACGGUCCCUCUCCAGCAGACCACCCCAGCUACGGUCCCUCCCCAGGAGACCACCCCAGCUACGGUCCCUCCCCAGGAGACCACCCCAGCUACAGUCCCUCCCCAGCAGACCACCCCAGCUACGGUCCCUCCCCAGCAGACCACCCCAGCUACGGUCCCUCCCCAGGAGACCACCCCAGCUACGGUCCCUCCCCAGGAGACCACCCCAGCUACGGUCCCUCCCCAGGAGACCACCCCAGCUACGGUCCCUCCCCAGGAGACCACCCCAGCUACGGUCCCCCCCCAGCUACGGUCCCUCCCUAGCUACGGUCCCUCCCCAGCUACGGUCCCUCCCCAGCAGACCACCCCAGCUACGGUCCCUCCCCAGGAGACCACCCCAGCUACGGUCCCUCCCCAGCAGACCACCCCAGCUACGGUCCCUCCCCAGCAGACCACCCCAGCUACGGUCCCUCCCCAGCAGACCACCCCAGCUACGGUCCCUCCCCAGCAGACCACCCCAGCUACGGUCCCCCCCCAGCAGACCACCCCAGCUACGGUCCCUCCCCAGCAGACCACCCCAGCUACGGUCCCUCCCCAGCAGACCACCCCAGCUACGGUCCCUCCCCAGCUACGGUCCCUCCCCAGCAGACCACCCCAGCUACGGUCCCUCUCCAGGAGACCACCCCAGCUACGGUCCCUCCCCAGCAGACCACCCCAGCUACGGUCCCUCCCCAGCAGACCACCCCAGCUACGGUCCCUCUCCAGGAGACCACCCCAGCUACGGUCCCUCCCCAGCAGACCACCCCAGCUACGGUCCCUCCCCAGCUACGGUCCCUCCCCAGCAGACCACCCCAGCUACGGUCCCUCUCCAGGAGACCACCCCAGCUACGGUCCCUCCCCAGCAGACCACCCCAGCUACGGUCCCUCCCCAGCAGACCACCCCAGCUACGGUCCCUCUCCAGGAGACCACCCCAGCUACGGUCCCUCCCCAGCAGACCACCCCAGCUACGGUCCCUCCCCAGCAGACCACCCCAGCUACGGUCCCUCCCCAGCAGACCACCCCAGCUACGGUCCCUCCCCAGGAGACCACCCCAGCUACGGUCCCUCCCCAGCAGACCACCCCAGCUACGGUCCCUCCCCCGGAGACCACCCUAGCCUCAGAAUACUACACCAUAGUCUUGACCACAGCAUAA